GAGCCUAUCUAAUAUAUUACUACGUUUGAUAAAACCAAAUCCAAGAUUAUUAUAUACAAAUACCUCUUGCUCAUGUUUUUUGAAAAACUUGAUGAUCAUAUCAUCUCCAAUUAGAUAUUCAAGAUUACCGCACAUCUCUAAUAAUAAACCUAGUUUAUUAAAAUAUUCAAAAUUAUUAUCUAUCCGAACGUAUGUUGAAGAUAGUAAAAACAAAAUUAUCAAAUCGUAUCAAGAUGACAAAUCAUUUUCCUAUUUUGAUCAGUUUCGUUUCCUUAAACAUUUGACAAGUACACCCGCUCCACCAUUGUUUUUUGGACUCGCUGGCUUGAUACCAUUCGUCAGUGUUCCCGUUUAUAUGUACUCUACGGGAAUAUAUUUACCCGAACUUGUCUAUGCUCAAUUAGCCUAUAGUUCAGUAAUAAUUUCCUACCUUGGAGGAAUUCGAUGGGGAGCUAAUUUGUAUCCGCAGAAUUCAGAAGAAACAACAAUCAAUACAACGUCGAUACUGUGGAAACAGUACUUUUGGAGUAUUCUACCAUCAAUAGCUGCUUGGACUGCACUCGUGCUACCCGGGCGUUUAUCUCUUAUAUGUGCUUUAGUUUCGUUACAAGCAUUUUGUAUGGUCGAUAUAAUGAUACCCGGUUAUCCACUUUGGUUUAAAUCACAGAGAAUUUUUUUAACAACAGUCGCAUCAUUAACAAUCGUAGCGACUUUAAUACUUAGUUUUAUAUUACAUAAACGCGAUCGAUCAAAAGAAAAAACAAAACACGCUGUAUAA